AUGCUGUACUCAGGAGACUACACUCAGAAUAACCGCGGCAGCAAUGGCGGCUACGGCGGCGGCGGCUACGGCGGUGGCUACAAGCGCGAUAACGGCUACCAACGUGGCGGCUACGGCGGCGGUCGUGGCGGCGGCUACGGCGGCGGGCGCUCCCACCAAGAGCGCAUCGAGCUCACCACUCCCGAGUGGGACUUGGACGCGUUGCCCAAAUUUGAAAAGAACUUCUACACCGAAGACCCCGCCGUCGCUGCGCGCUCCGACGCCGAGGUGGCGCAGUUCCGCAAGGACAACGACAUGAUGGUGGUGGGGCAAAACGUCCCCAAGCCGAUCACGACGUUUGACGAGGCCGGGUUCCCCGACUACGUGCUUAGCGAAGUGAAAGCGCAAGGGUUCCCCUCCCCCACUGCCAUCCAGAAGCAAGGGUGGCCGAUGGCGUUGCUGGGGCGCGACAUGAUCGGUAUUGCCGCCACCGGGUCGGGGAAGACGUUGCUGUACGCUUUGCCCUCCAUCGUCCACAUCAACGCCCAGCCGUUGCUCCAGCCGGGCGACGGCCCCAUCGUGCUUGUGCUUGCCCCCACCCGUGAGUUGGCGGUGCAAAUUCAACAGGAAUGCUCCAAGUUUGGCCGGUCGCUGCGCAUCCGCAACACCUGUGUCUACGGCGGGGCCCCUAAAGGCCAGCAAAUCCGUGACUUGGCCCGCGGCGUCGAGAUCUGUAUCGCCACCCCGGGGAGAUUGAUCGACAUGUUGGAGAUGGGCAAGACCAACUUGAAGCGCGUCACCUACUUGGUGUUGGACGAAGCCGACCGCAUGUUGGAUAUGGGGUUUGAGCCCCAGAUCCGCAAGAUCGUCGACCAGAUUAGACCCGAUCGGCAAACGCUCAUGUGGUCGGCCACGUGGCCCAAGGAAGUGCAAAACUUGACGAGGGACUAUUUGAACGACCCCAUCCAGGUGACGAUCGGGUCGCUUGAAUUGGCGGCGUCGCACACCAUCACUCAGUUGGUGGAAGUGGUGCUGGAAUUUGAAAAGCGUGACCGGUUGGUGAAGCACCUCACCACCGCCACCGAAGACAAGCUGCUGAAGUGUUUGAUUUUCGCGCUGACCAAGCGCACCUGUGACGAGUUGACGCUGUACUUGCGUGCUGACGGGUGGCCGGCGUUGGCCAUCCACGGGGAUAAGGUCCAGUCGGAACGUGACUGGGUGCUCAGAGAGUUUAAGCUGGGGAAGUCGCCGAUCAUGGUCGCCACCGACGUGGCCGCCAGAGGUAUUGGUAAGUAUACAUUUACGAGUGGGGAACACGGGGGGACGUGGGCAUAUGUUAAAACCAAGUUGGGGGAACAGCCAUCGCCAGAACUUAUUGUGCGCAAAAAGGAUAAAACGUUUCAAAAGUGUACAAAGGGAGAAUCUUCAAUUAGCCAACCAGUUAGCCCUGGCGGGAGUGGUUGGGGUAAUUGGGGAUUUUUCCUUGGGGUUCUGGGCCAUUCCGCCACCUACCGGCUGGAGAGCCAAUGUAUUGUGGGUAUUAUCAUGAGAUUUCACCGUUUGUUAUGA